UGCCCGUUCUGUCAGUUUCGUUUUAGGAAUUGAAUUGCAGGGGCUGAAGAAAAUGGGGCAACCCGUGCCUCAGACUCUCCUGCUUUUGGUGGCUGGUCUUUUGGGGGAGUCUUUGGGAGGAUUUCCCAACACCAUCAGCAUAGGUGGACUUUUCAUGAGAAAUACUGUUCAGGAGCAUAGUGCAUUUCGAUUUGCUGUGCAGUUAUACAACACAAACCAAAAUAUCACAGAAAAGCCCUUCCAUUUGAACUAUCAUGUAGACCAUUUGGACUCCUCCAACAGUUUUUCAGUGACUAACGCUUUUUGUUCACAGUUUUCUAGAGGAGUUUAUGCCAUCUUUGGAUUCUAUGACCAGAUGUCCAUGAACACACUGACAUCAUUUUGUGGAGCUCUGCACACGUCCUUUGUCACACCCAGCUUCCCAACAGAUGCAGAUGUGCAGUUUGUCAUUCAGAUGCGGCCAGCGUUAAAAGGAGCCAUCCUGAGCCUUCUGACUCAUUACAAAUGGGAAAAGUUUGUAUACCUCUACGAUACAGAAAGAGGAUUUUCCAUUCUUCAGGCAAUUAUGGAAGCAGCAGUACAAAACAACUGGCAAGUGACAGCCAGGUCUGUGGGAAGUAUAAAGGACGUUCAGGAAUUGAGGAGAAUCAUAGAGGAAAUGGACAGACGACAGGAAAAAAGAUACUUAAUCGACUGUGAAGUAGAGAGAAUAAACACAAUUUUGGAACAGGUUGUAAUCCUUGGUAAACAUUCCAGAGGUUAUCACUACAUGCUAGCUAACCUGGGUUUUACAGAUAUUAUGCUGGAGAGAGUAAUGCAUGGAGGCGCCAAUGUUACUGGAUUCCAGAUUGUUAACAAUGAAAACCCAAUGGUUCAACAGUUUCUACAACGCUGGAUUAGACUGGAUGAAAGGGAGUUCCCUGAAGCCAAGAACUCUCCAUUAAAGUAUACGUCUGCACUGACCCAUGAUGCAAUACUAGUCAUAGCAGAGGCUUUCCGCUACCUCCGAAGACAGCGUGUUGAUGUUUCCAGGAGAGGUAGUGCUGGAGACUGCCUAGCAAACCCUGCAGUGCCCUGGAGCCAAGGAAUCGAUAUAGAAAGAGCAUUGAAAAUGGUACAAGUCCAAGGAAUGACUGGAAAUAUUCAGUUUGACACCUACGGACGCAGAACAAAUUACACAAUUGACGUGUAUGAAACGAAAGCCACUGGAUCACGGAAGGCUGGUUACUGGAAUGAAUAUGAAAGAUUUGUGCCAGCACUAGACCAGCAAGUGUCUAAUGACACUUCAUCUGUGGAGAAUAGAACAAUAGUAGUCACGACCAUCCUGGAAUCGCCAUAUGUAAUGUAUAAGAAAAACCAUGAACAACUAGAAGGGAAUGAGAGAUAUGAAGGAUAUUGUGUAGACUUAGCUUAUGAAAUAGCAAAACAUGUUGGAAUAAAAUACAAACUGUCAAUUGUUGGAGAUGGGAAAUACGGAGCUAGGGACCCUGAGUCUAAGAUAUGGAAUGGCAUGGUGGGUGAACUAGUCUAUGGGAGAGCAGACAUAGCUGUUGCUCCACUCACCAUAACGUUGGUACGAGAAGAAGUCAUAGACUUUUCAAAACCUUUUAUGAGUCUGGGCAUCUCCAUCAUGAUCAAGAAGCCUCAGAAAUCUAAACCUGGCGUAUUUUCCUUUCUGGAUCCUUUGGCUUAUGAAAUUUGGAUGUGUAUAGUCUUUGCUUACAUUGGAGUCAGCGUAGUUCUUUUCCUAGUCAGCAGAUUCAGUCCUUAUGAAUGGCAUUUGGAAGACAACAAUGAAGAACCGCGUGACCCCCAGAACCCUCCCGACCCUCCAAAUGAGUUUGGAAUAUUUAACAGCCUUUGGUUUUCCCUGGGUGCCUUUAUGCAGCAAGGAUGCGAUAUUUCUCCAAGAUCUCUCUCAGGACGAAUUGUCGGAGGAGUCUGGUGGUUCUUCACACUCAUCAUCAUCUCUUCUUACACUGCCAAUCUUGCUGCCUUCCUUACUGUGGAAAGGAUGGUCUCUCCCAUAGAAAGUGCAGAGGAUCUGGCGAAGCAAACUGAAAUAGCCUAUGGAACCUUGGAUUCAGGCUCAACCAAAGAAUUUUUUAGAAGAUCAAAAAUAGCAGUCUAUGAGAAAAUGUGGUCGUAUAUGAAGUCAGCAGAGCCAUCUGUAUUUACCAAAACAACAGAUGACGGGGUUGCUAGAGUGCGGAAGUCAAAGGGAAAGUUUGCCUUCCUCCUUGAAUCGACCAUGAACGAGUAUAUCGAGCAGCGAAAGCCAUGUGACACAAUGAAAGUUGGUGGGAACCUGGAUUCCAAAGGCUAUGGUGUAGCAACUCCAAAAGGCUCAGCAUUAAGAAAUGCUGUUAACCUGGCAGUAUUAAAACUGAAUGAGCAAGGCCUCUUGGACAAAUUGAAAAACAAAUGGUGGUACGACAAAGGAGAGUGCGGCAGCGGGGGAGGUGACUCCAAGGACAAGACAAGUGCUCUGAGCCUGAGCAAUGUUGCUGGGGUUUUCUAUAUUCUUGUUGGAGGUCUUGGUCUCGCCAUGAUGGUUGCUUUGAUAGAAUUCUGUUACAAGUCUCGUGCAGAGUCCAAACGAAUGAAACUCACAAAGAAUACACAAAACUUUAAACCUGCUCCUGCACCCAAUACCCAGAAUUAUGCUACAUACAGAGAAGGCUACAACGUUUAUGGAACAGAAAGUGUUAAAAUCUAAGGAUCCUCGCUUCUCACAGCAUGCAACAGGAGGAGCAGCUGAGAAUGUGGAUACUCCAUGGACCCUGACCACCUGAGCCAGU